CCUAUGAUUCUAUUUAUUACUAAUGUUUGACUCAAAAGAUAUUAAAACUUUUUUGAACAAAUCAAUCAAAGAUGAAGGGGUAAAUCUUAGUCAAACAUAAUUAAUUCAAGAUCGAAAAAUUAUCAACAAUAAUUGCAUAUGGGAUGAAAGAGAUGUGAUCGAUCUUAUUAAGAUUCGGCAUUGUCUUUCUCAUCAAUCGAUGAGGAAACAGAUUUACACAUUUUCUUCGAGGUCAUUUCCUCUUUUUUUAGAAUACAAGAAGGGAGCUUUUUGUCUUUCUUUUGGGAAAUCGGAGAAGCCCCCAAGUUGAGAGCUUUCCCUGGCUAUAUAUAGUCAGGGUAUCCUUGCCCUUUGCUUGACUCGACAUUUUCUUGCCGCUGAUGUGUCUUGUUCAUGAUUUUAGGCGUCACUCUUACCGAUUCGUCGGAUGUCAUAGAAGAGAAAUGGAGUGGGCUCUGUUGACCUUCACUGCCUAGUUACUUAGACAGGUGUCUGUCAGCUUGGUCGUGAUGGUCAGAUUUUGACCAAUACAGUUAGUCCCUCCGUCUGUCGGGGUCGUCCUAUGUCGGACUCGGCAGACGGAUCAUGUUCGUUACGACUUCAAGAGAAAUCUGACCUACGACUUUCCGUUCCUUAGUCACAUUUUGUAGGUUUUUAACGGAGUGGCGACGUUCUUUUGAUCCUCUUGGACCGUUGCGGCGGUUUCGAAACCGAAACAUCGUUUGGUAUUGAAGCGUUGGUUCGUGGUUAUCACCAUUAUGACACACGUUUCUAGGAGACUGAAACGUUUCGUGCCCUAUCUGAUUUGAAUGGCGACUCUUAGGUUUCGUGCUCGGGGGAUUUAUGUCUCUUAUAAAUAGAGGAAACUUGUCAUUCGAUUGACACACUUCAUCUUUCACUUGGGAGAAUUCUGCUGAUAUACUUUCUUUCCGAUACCUCGAAUUUCUUCGUGCCCCCCUUGUUUGCUGAAAACUUUCAUCUCUUCUUUCUGUUAUUUCUUUGGCGUACUUUCUGACAAGAAUGGCUGGUGAUUCUUCUCGUGACAAUCUCCCCGCUGCUAAUCCGACACCGGAAAAUGUUUCCCAGAUCACCGGAGGGGCAGACGUGGUGGAGGAUGAGGAGGUCCCCUCAGUGAUUGAGAUCUUGGCCCGCCUUGUGAGAGAGCCGACUGACUUCAAUACUCCUGCCGGGGUUGAACCAGAACCUGUUCACUCUGUCAUGAGGGAGAGGGACAUUGUAGAGUUGAAGGAAAGGUGGGGGAUUCCCGGUUACGUGGAUAUGCGGCCGGCAGUGGGAAAAGACAUAGUUCAUUUCGACUGCCCCGGGUACUGUGUGUUCUACGCCUACCCCUUCAUCGUAGGGUACACACUUCCUCUUCCCCUAUUGGUAGUGGAUUUUUGCCGCUUCUACGAAGUGUGUCCCGCCCAACUGUCGCCAUAUUUGUACAAGAUAUUUCUUAUGCUGCUCAAGUAUGCGGAACUCGCCAGUCGUGAGGUUACUUUGGACCAUAUGCUCAGCAUCUUUGCUCCUCAACUUAUUCGUGGUUCAAUGAUUCACAUGUGCCCUCGGGGGUCGAGGGGUCUGGUGGUGAAGAUGGACGACAGGACCAACCGUCGUUUCUAUGAGAAUUACUUUUAUGUGCGGACUGAACAUAUUGUGGCGGACCCAACGGGAUUCCCUGAGAGAUGGAACUCCUCACCUGAGAGAUUGCCCCCUUUGCCUGUCGAAGGUAUCCGUGAAUGGGUGGAGGCCAUACUUCCCCAUACAGUGGGGAUUCGCACAUGAUCGACCUUUCAUGAGAGGUUCGGACGC